CUGCUGUUAGUUUGAAGUCCAGUCCUGCUUCCCCUCCAUCGGGCGAACAUCUCUCCGCAUACACUCCAUGUAGCACCCAGGACGACAAUCAACUAUCUUUUUAUUUUGAUGACAAUACAUUAAAAGAAAUACUAUAUAUCCGAGUAGCCUUCAUGUAAUUUGUGGGUAUUAUUUUUUUCAAUUUUAAUAGCAGACCAUUCAUGAUGAUUUCGCCGUGGGACCGGUGGUACUCGACGAGUUGCUGCCUUUGCUGCCAUGUCCGGACCGGAACCAUUAUUUUGGGGAUUUGGUACAUGCUCAUCAACGCGGUGGUCUUACUCAUCCUGUUGUCGGCUCUCAAUGACCCUGUGCAGUACCGCUACCAUCUCACCAGCUCUGAGCUGGGGACCGACAUCGAUGUCAUGGACGACGCAAAUAUCUGCAUAGCAACCGCCAUAUCCCUCCUAAUGAUUCUUAUAUGUGGCAUGGCGACAUACGGCGCAUACAAGCAACACGCCGCCUGGAUCAUUCCGUUCUUCUGCUAUCAAAUCUUUGACUUUGCCCUUAACACCCUGGUGGCCAUCAGCGUGGUGGUGUACCCCAACACGGUGCAGGACUACCUCCAGCAGCUGCCGGGAACUUUCCCUUACAAAGAGGACAUCAUGUCCACCAAUAAUAUGUGCCUCGUCUUUGUAGUCCUUCUCUUCAUUGGCUGCAUCCUCUCCUUUAAGGCCUACCUGAUAGGCUGCGUGUGGAACUGCUACAGAUACGUAAGCGGCAGAGGCACCACCGAGGUCCUUGUUUACGUCACUACGAACGACACCACGGUUCUGCUGCCACCGUACGAGGAGGUCGUGGCCAUCCCGCCUAAGGAGCCCCCUCCCCAGUAUGUGGAGACAUGAGACCCCACUCCUUCGCUGCCACUUCCGUUUAUUCCUUAAAUCCUGUAUGCUGCUUACAGCGUGGAGUUGUGACUCCUCACAACAUUAGGUUAGCGGCCCCUUGAGACUAGCGACUCUUUUACGCCCUCCCCUCCUUAGGUUGCUGUGUUGCAUUGCCCCCCCAAGGAUGUGCACUGUUCAUUCUUCUUGAGUCGGCCACCAACGCCUUCCGAUACUGUGAAUCAGCAAGAGCACUUUUUUCCUCCCCCUGAAGAAAAAAAGAUGAAUUCCCUCUUUGAAUGUAACUUCAGGGUAUUUUUGUACAACUUUUUUUGGUAUCGUGGUGAAAAAAAGGUGGCGAAUGCGCAACAUUGAGUCGUCCUGCAGGAAAUCAGGUUGCUCGACACUCAGAAAGGAUUUGAAAUUGGUGUAUCAUGUGACCAAAUCAGCGAGCGACGUCUUCCUUGUUGUGUCUUUUAUUUUACCCACAUGUGGUCGGCCAGUUGGACUUGAGGGGAUUUUCCCACAAUGAUGGCGUGAUUCUGGCGUGUCGUAACUUGUGAGUCACUCAUGCAGUACCUUAUUUCACGACAACAAUGGAUGGGAUCAAAGGCAAAUUAGCAUAGAAUAGCACAAAUAUCCAUCCAUCCAUCCAUUUUCUACCGUUUGUCCCUUUUGGGGUCCCGGGGGGUCGCUGGAGCCUAUCUCAGCUGCAUUCGGGCGGUAGGCGGGGUACACAAAUAUCAUAUAAUCCAAUUGGUAGUAUUUUAAAAAUUAUAUUAGAACUCUAUCAAACAGUCUAUGCAAAAAGAAUGCAUUUAAAAACCAAAUGGCAUGAAUGUAGUUGGUCAUGUAGCCUUCAUGCGAGUCACGAGUGCCAUUGCACCUUAAAGUCAGCUUACAUUGUGACAAAAAAAAAGGCUUUGGUUUGGUGGGAGAAAGCUGCAGAGCAGUUUAAUACUCAACAGAGUAGCUUUUUGAGACUUCCGAGUGAGAUACCUCAGUUGAGCCCUUGUUCGUCCCUCCUUUGUUCAGAUACAGUAAAACAUCCUCUUGUUGGGAGUUUUGUCAGCUCAUGUCCUCAAUUGUAAAUAAAUGAUACAAAUAAAUUAUCAUUUUUGUCUGCU